UACGUUAUGAGAACUUUCGCACUCCUGUCUAUGUGCCUUUAGAGGUAUUUUGUGAGAGAAGCCCAGACUAAUAUGACUGCUCUCCUCUAGCACAGGCCCAACUCCUCCCGGACACUGCUCCUGCCCCCUCCUUGUCGCUCCCUCGUUGUUCUCGAAUAUGAGAUGGGAGUUUUUAUAAACUUGAUUAACACGGGUACUACACUGCUUCAGAGCGCAGCAGGGACCGGAAACUCUACUUUCCUCUCUGGAGACGCUGAGAAACCCGACUACAGUCCUUUAGAAGGGGUUCGGCAGGUGCCAUCCUGCACGCUUCCCCGGGCAAGCUGGGAAAGUGAACUCGCAGCACAGCCUCGGGUGCCUGCAGCCUGCCAGGGAGCCAGAUCCCGGGUGGACUGGAGCAGCCUCGGACCCAGCAGCGUCCCCAUCGCCCUCUCCCCAAGCGAGCUCUGACCUAAACCCGGACUCAGCGGUGCAGCCUAGGUUCGGACAGUACCUCCCAGGUCGGCUUGUUAUGGAAACUGUCUACAGAAUUGGAUUUUUUUUCUACCUUGAGAUGAUUACAAGGGACUCACAUGGGAAAUCACUGUCUACUAAGCCUCUGAAAUGAACUAUGAGCAGAGGCCUGGUGCCAGAGGCCCAGGGAUCACAGCUCCAAGGUGUGCCUGAUCUGCAGAGAAAUGCUGAUUUCUCUGCAGAGGAGCGUGAAUGCCUGGGCCCGGAUCAGUGGAAUCUGUACAGGGAUGUGAUGUUGGAGAAUUUCAGCAACCUCGUGUUCCUGGGUCUUGCUUCCUCUAAGCCAUACCUGGUCACAUUUCUGGAGCAAAGUCAAGGGUCUAAUGACAUGAAGAGGCAAGGAUCAGCUGCCAUGCAAACAGGAAACAAACCACUCUACAAAGAAUGUGGCAUUACCUUCCCUUGGAACUCACAACCCAUUAACCACCAGAAAAUUAAUUUAAGCAUUAAGCCCUAUAAGUUUGGAGAUUGUGGUAAGGUCUUCCGUUUUCCUUAAGUUCUUUGUGUACACAAGAGAAGUCACACGGGAGAGAAACCCUACAUAUGUGAAGUAUGUGACAAGGACUUCCAUGCAGCAUCAUUACUUAAAGCACAGGCGAGAAUUCAUACAGGACAGAGACCCUUCAAAUGUGAACUGUGUUGCAAGGCCUUUUAUAUUCCAUCACAACUAUCUACACACAUGAAGAUUCAUACAGGAGAGAAACCUUACAAGUGUGAAGUAUGUGACAAGGCCUUCAGUCGUCUGUCAGGACUUGCUGUACACAAGAAAAUCCAUACAGGAGAGAAACCCUACAAGUGUCAACUAUGUGACAAGGCCUUCUAUAUUCCAUCACGACUUUCUGUACACAUGAGGAUUCACACAGGAGAGAAACCUUGCAAGUGUGAAGUAUGUGGCCAGGCCUUCAUUCGUCCAUCUGGCCUUUCUGUACACAAGAAUAUUCAUACAGGAGAGAAACCCUACAAGUGUGAAGUAUGAGGCAAAGCUUUCCAUUAUCCGUCAUUACUUUAUAAACAGAAAAGAAUCCAGACAGGAUUGAAAACCUACAAGUGUGAAGUAUGUGGCAAGGCAUUCAGUUACCCACCAGAACUUUCCAUACACAAGAAAAUUCAUACCGGAAAGAAACCCUAGAAAUGUGAAACAUGUUGUAAGGUCUUCAAAACUUCCUGGAUUCUUUAUGCUCACUUGAUAAUCCUUUCUGGAAAGAAACCAUACAAGUGUGAGGAGUAUGGAAAAACCUAUAGAAAGUCACACCUAACACAGCAUGAAUUAACUUACACUGGGAAGAAACAUUACAAAUAUGAAGAGCGGCAAACAGUACAAGUAUAUCAGAAACCUUAAGGGAAGUAAAAAAAUUCAUUCUGGAGAGUAACCAUUAAGUAUGAAGAAUGUGGCAAAGACUUUAGAACUUACCCAACACAUUCUAUACACAAGACUAGUCACACUGGAGGGAAAUAUUACUAGUUGGAGAGUGGCAAGGCCUUUCACCAGUCUUCUGGUCUUAAACAACAUCAAGGAAUUCAUUUGAGAGAGGAAGCCUGUGAAGAAUGUGCCAAUGUCUUUUGAAGUUACUAAGAACUUUUAAAACACCUGAUAAUUCAUACUGGAGAGAAAUGCCACUAGGGUCAAAAAUGUUAAAAACCCUUUAAUAAAUUUCUAGUGUUUCUCAUCCCAAGGUAAUUAAAACUUAAAUAAUACAAAUGUUAAAAUGUUUUCUACUUUUUUGUUCUUUAAAGGAUAUCAAAAAGUAUUCUGAAUAGAAGCCCUACAAAUAGGGACAAUGUGGUAAAGCCUUUGGGUCAUUCAGACCGUAUUACCCAGCACUAAAGAAUCCAUAGUACAAGGAAGCCAUACACAUGUGAAGGGUCUGGUGAGGUCCUUGACCCUCAAACA